UGAUGCGUAUCGCAUAGAAUUCUUGACUGUAGUUUCAUUGGUUUAAAAAAAAUAAAUAAAGUGGAGCGAAUUGAUUCCGUUCUAUGACACUAUGACCCUCUCAUAGCAACAGAUCAACAGCUUGAAAAUGGCUGACGAGGAGAAUAGGUUUGUAAAAUUAACAAUCAUAAGACUUCUUCAUUAAAAAAUCAUUCAAUGGAACUAUUUAUUUGAAAUAAAAAUCAUAAAAGUGUAAUGUAUAGCGAAAAUUGUAAAGAAAUUCAUUAUAAUCCUUAUUAAAUGAUUGAUUUUCAGAAAAUGCCUGGAUAAAUUUAAUUUUAAAAAAAAAGUCGGCUAAAUCGGGCAAAGUAAAGGCUAAAGUAUUGGCACGCAUUGGCCAUUGACAAUCACAAUGAUUCAAUAUCACAAUGUGAUUGAUUCAGUUUCAGAGUAGACUCGGCAUGAUGAAAUUUAUGGUUGUCUGAUUUUAAUACUAAUAAUUUAAACGAUCACACUCGUAGCAAAUAUUUAAAUUUAACAAAAUAUUCUAAAUAUUGCAUGGCAUAGUCUAGACAGCAGGCUUAGAAUAAUUUUAAAACAGCAGUCGUCACGUAAGUAAGUGGUAUAAUUGACUAUGUUUACUAAGAAGUCUAUGAUAUGUCAUAUAAAAUCUAUAAAGACAUAUAAUAUGUAGUAGUAGUAGUAGGCUUAAACUUAAGCCUACUAACGACUACAACUACUACUAGGCAUACAUAUUACAUGUCGGCAAUACUCCAAAGUUCGGUCCCAAAUUAUUUCGUAUGAAAAAAAUGCAAUACACAGUGUUUAUUGUUAGAAAACAACAGACAUGUCAGUCAUAGCUUUUGCAAAUAACUGUCGCUUUACAAACCAGUCAGUAAAUACUAAAUAUUGUAAUAUGCGCAUAGCAUUUGCAAAUACCAGCCGAAAACGUUCUCCUUGUGACUGUUGCACCACUGAAAGGCCCCCAAGUAGCUGGCAAACUGACAGCAACUAGUACCACUCUGAUAGCGGAGUUUUCGUUUCGCUUGCAUCCAAAGUCCUUCAAUAUUUUAUGUGUGAAUGUCCUGGUCUACUGGAUCAACAAAUUCAUGCGCGUGCACAUGACAGUUUGUGCAUAAAUCCCGUUGUUGAACUGACCGACAUUUUGAUAUCCUCGCCAAAGCGUCCGUGACGAUAGCUGUCCCUGGUUACAUAAUGAUUUAUAAUAAUGCGCUUGAGUGUUUGUGCAUCUCGACGACGGGGUAAGUGAGUUCGCUGUGCUAUAUUUUUUUUUUUACAUCAUGUUCGGACUUGGAAAUUACUUGAUCACAUAGAUUAUAUAUUUUAAAAGCAGAAACACUUAUUUACAAGAGUAUUGAUUGUCCCCAAAAUUUAUGAGAGCUUGAACCAUGUGACUAAAAAUUCAAGGUUGCUAAGUCGUGGCCAUUUUUCCCCCUUGAUUUACCAGAAGUGAUAUAUCUCUAAUGUAAACAGCGGUUAUUAUUAUUUAAAACCUUUUUAAAACAAAUAAAUAAAUAUUUCCUGUAUUAUAACUUAGUAGUUUGAUUUUUGAUAUACACUUUUAUAACUGAUUUUUAAUAAUAAUUACACUUUAGGCCUAUAUAGUUAUUAUAUAAGAGCAGGCUUUGGAUCAAUAAUACUAAUACAUAUACUGAGAUAAAACAACAAAGUGAUCAAAGUGCAGUGACAUACAAAGAGCUAUGAAUUAGUAAGAUAGCUUCUAGUCUUAGUUAUUAACAGCUAUAAAUGUACAUAUAAUAAAGAACAUUGUGUAGCCUAUUUAAAAAAUAUUGAAUCAUUAUUUAUAUGCAACGGUCUUCAUAAAUUAGUAGUCCUAAUCUUUUUUUUUAUUUUUCAGAGUUACAGAUUGUCAUCAUUCCCUGUAAUUAUGCUAUGUUGGACCAACUUGGAGGAGAUCAACAAACAACCCUAUUUGAUAUUGACAAUGGAGGCAGAUGUUUUUUAAUGUACCAAUCCAUGAGGAUGAAGUGUUGCUAGACCUCAGGAGCCGAAAUGUAAUGUACCUGUACCCGGUGCAAUAAUAAUGUCGACAGAGACAGAGUUUCAUUCAAAAACUUUGUACAUAAAAUGCUCUGAAUUAUGAUAUUUGAAUUUAAAUGCUUUAUUAAUUUUAGAUUGUGUCUAUUUGUACUAAAGAUUUCAUUGAAUUAGCAUUAUUAUUUUAAAAGUUAUGUUUAAAAAUGUUCAUCAAUGUGAACAGAUUACAUGACAUUUAAUAAUUUUGUAUAGCAUGAUUUUAAUUGCUUUUGCAAUAUUUUAAUACUCUAUUAUAUUUGGUUUGACACUAUCUAUUUUUACUGAAAAUUUGAUUGUAUUAGCUUCAUUAGUUUAAAAGUUAUAUAUUUAAAUGUAAAAAAUGUCUCGGCCGUAGUUGCUUUUCAUGAAAUAUUAUUUAUAAUAUUGCAUAAAUUUUUCUAAACUGUAUUUUAUUUAUUUUAAAUGAGCCUUACUUUUAGAUGGACAUUACCUGUUUGUAUUGAAAAUUUUAUAGCGAUAGCUUUAUUGGUUUAAUAAUUAUGUCAUUUUUUUGUAAAAAAUUAAUUUUUCGACAAUUGUCGUUAUCCACGCUAUAUGCUUAUAAAAUAAUAUAUCAUAAAAUAUAAUAGUUAAUUCAAAAUUCAUGUGUUUUGUUUUGUUAAACAUUGUAUUGUAAAUGUCUCCUCCAAAUUUGAGCUGUCUAACUUUAAAAGCCAACAAGAUAUAACUAAAAUAGUGCAAAAAGAGUAAUAAUUCGAUCACAGUUUUAAAAAUUAAAUACAAAGCCAAAUAGUGGGGAAAAAUAUAUCACUAAAAAAUUCACAACUUUCUCCUAUAAGUGAUAGAAAAAUUAUCUUGGUUUCAAUGGAAAACUUAAAGCCUGCUCUUUCCAAUGAUAUGCUCCUUGUAUAUGUCAGAUGUAUCUGAAAUUUUGAGUUGGAGUACCUACCCAGGGCGUGUAUUGAAUGCUGAUUCAAUAUAUUAUCAUUAAGUAGCAGCCUACAAAUUCAAUGACAAUCUAUUCCAAUUAAUGUUCAAUAAGUCAGAAAUGUUCCCUAUAUUUCAAUUUAACAUUCUUUCUUAGCAAACUAUAUUCAUUGAGCAAAUAUCCCUUUAAGCCUUGACACAAUUCUAAAAGAAAUAUUACUAUUCUUUAAAAACUUAGCAUUUAAGAAAUAGAUCUAUACAUUUUUUUAUUUAGCAGCCAGUCUAUUCAGCUGAUGCCAACGCCUGCACAUCACUGCCUUUAGGUGCAUUGACAAUGAAUAAACAUGCGUUUACUCAGAACAGUAUCUAAGAACAGAAUUUCAAAUUCUAAUGGCCAUUUUUUUUAACAGAUAUAUAUUUCAAAAGUGUGGAAAAUGUUCAAAAUUCUUUUUGUUGGAGUAUACAAUAUAUACAGAUACAGUUUUCUACAUUAAAUUUUGUAAAUUUUAGACUUUCCAAAAGCAGGUAGCAAGUAGUGCAAUAUGUAGACCUAUUUACUCUUACGAUUUUGGUGUAUGAUGUACAAUUUUGAGGUGUAUGCAUUAUAUAUACUGUAUGUUUAUUUUUUUACUAUUAAGAUAAUGUAUUAAAAGAUUUUGUGAUGAUAUUGUACGAUUUUAAUAGUUUGAGGCUAAACAGGUCUGAAUAUGCCUUCCUUUUUAGCCUGAUAACACUGGCUCCUAUCUUAUAUCAUAAUUAUAUAGAAAAGUGAAAAUUUGUUUGUUUGUUUGUCUGUUCCACAAAGGCUUUUAAAUGGAUUGAUGGAUCUUGACCAAAGUUGGCACAUAUAUCCAUCAUUAUCCAAAAGGAACUCUUAAGGGCUUAUGAACUUUUUAUGAUUUUUUUUACUUAUAUUUAUAUGAGCUAUAUCAAUAAAAUUAACAACAAUUACUCCUACAUGAAUUGAUGGAUCUUGACCAAACUUAGUACACUUACUCUUGAUUAUCCAUAUUCAAAUACCAAAUGGUACUGGACUCAUAACAUCCAUUCCUCUGGGGCCAGGGACCCUAUUUCAUUUUUCCUCGUAUAAGCUAUAUAAACUUCAAUAGGCUUGAACAACACUUAGGGUCUAUGUGAAUUGGUGGAUGCCUUGCUUAGGAGCAAUAACCUUCAUUCUCUAUAUUGAAAUAUCGGUGGAUUUAAAACUAAUUAUAUCCAAUCCAUGGAGGGCCGAUCUAGAAUUUUCUAGAAAGUUUGAUAAUUUAAAAAAGCGAUAUCUAUGGCAUUUUAAAACCGAUUUUUAUGGGACAAAUUUUUAAUUUUAACUCCAUAAUUUAUCUGAAUGAUUUUUAUAGGCCCCCCCCCCCCACCCUCAUCUCAGACAUAACUAAAAUGGUACUUUAUUAAAUUUCAAUUUAAAUGUUCUAUAGUUUAGUUAUAAUAGUACAAUUUAGUUGCAUAAUAUUUCACAUUCGAGAGAUAAUUACGUAGAAAAGUAAUUUUUUACACAUUUCACGGAGGAUAUUAAAUUUAAUCUAGAAUGUUCCAGAAGCUUUUAUAUUGUUCUACCGGGAUAUGUAAUGGGAUCUAAAAGCUUAUUAGAGCAAAAUCACACUGAACAUGAUCCCAUAGAGGAACAGGAUCCUAAUGGGGAACGAGAUCCAACCUUAAACUGGAACCCAUCGGUUACACGAUCCCAUCGGGGAUGGGACUGCACAGGGAUUGGGGUCCUAAUGCAAUCCCAGGCCACACCGGUUAUAUUGGAUAGUAUGAAAUAAAUAUUUAUCAUAACACAUACUUUUUUAUCAUAUGUAGCUGCUACACAUUGAUGCAGUUUUCAAAGGCUUUAAAGGAUUACAUUUUAUAAUAUAUUCCAUCUCAGAAGGCUGCCAAGUUUAUACAAUUGUAACUUAGUGUCACCAAAUAUCAUACACCUUUUGGCCUAUACCCUAUAGCUUCUUGUUUUAAUAUCAAAGUAGUUUAAAAAUUAUAUGUUAUCCAUGAUUGAAAAAAAUAACAGCGUUGCUUUUGCGUUACUUUCUGUCAUUUUUUUCAUAGGUUAUAGAGUGGUAAAUAAGAGAUCAUUUUACAUACCAGUUCAAAAAUUUUCUUUGCACGUAAAUCUAAGCCAUUUGCCAUUUGUCAUUUUUAGCCAGGAGGGAAAUGAGGAUCAAAUAUUUAAUGCUCAGCAAGCAGAGACAUCUCAGCAUGCAGAAUCAGUGAAAAGUGAUGAUGUUGAUGUAAGUAGUUACUGAGGGCAAUGUCCUAUAAAGUUGAUAUUUUGAAAAUUUAAUUUUUUCAAUGUUUGAAAAAUCCCAACUUGUUACAGAUUAUAAAAAUUAUUUACUUAAUGUAAUUUUGCAUGUGUUAUGUCCAUAUUUAAAUAACUUUAAUUCAGGGAAGCAUCUAGUGUUCAAUUUUUUUUCUAGUUAUAUUGUUUGAAACAGCAUUAAAAUUAAAAUCAAAGUUUGUCAAAAUCCAUUUAAUAUCAAAUAGUUAUUUGAUAGAUCAAAUGUAGACUUCAAAGAAAUUUCUGCUCUAAAUUUUCACAUUCUUUUCUCAGGAAGAGAAUGACAGAUAUGGUACACCAUCACCAAAAAGAAGAUCUCGCUCAUCAUCCAUGAAAGAAUCUGUACGCUUUAGUUUUGAAGAUAAAGAUGACUUUCCUACUCAAAAAAACUCUAAGACAACAACUGGUGUCUUGACUUUUGGAUCUGUAGCUGACUUAAAGAAAGGUAUUUUUAUUUCAACUUUAAAAAGAAAAAAAAAAAUAUAUUUUUACAUACUGCAUUAUUAUAUUUGUUGUAAAAUGCUUUGUACAAGAUAGGCAAGUACCUGGGUUUUUCUGUAGUGUUUCUCCUUUUAAAACUUGAUUCUCACAUAUUAUAUAAAUUUUGCAUCACUGUCAUUCAGAGUCUUAAUGCACUUGCCAUGUAUCCACCACCCCAGUGCCAUUUUAAAUAAUUUAUAAUAUAUUUUUUUCUACCAGUUAUAUUCUUUAAAUGCAUUGUAUAUACUGCGUGGAACCUCUCAUAGCGAGCAUAAUUCGUUCCAGAAUCUCACUUGUUAAGCGAAACACUCGUUAAACGAAACAAUUUUUCCCAUACAAAUCAAUGUAAAAUACGAUAAUGUGUUCCAUGCUGAAAAAAUACUAAUUUUUCAAAAAUUGUUAUUAACAUUUAUUCAAAUAAAAUUACUUAUGAAUUUUUAAGGAGUGUAACAACUUGGAUUACAAUUUAGAUUUGAAACAAAAAACGUAAAUAAAAAUAUGAAUUUAUGACAAAUAAUUAAUCAUUUUUAACUGGAAAACUGUCUAAAGACAUUUGUUUUUGCCGCCGCUUCAAAAUUUGACGAAAAUGUGUCACAGCAUUAUCAUUGAAUAAAUUUGUAGCAAGAAUAGCCACCUCCUUAUUAGGGCGAUGCUUCUAAAUGUACAAUGCAACCGUUUCCCAUGUUUUCAGCAUUUCUCUUAUUGCGCUAGAAGAUUGUUGCUCUGCUACUUCCUCCUCCAUUAAUGAGCUCUCCUCCAUAAUUUCUUGCUGUGAAACACGAUGCAACUCCAUAAGCUCUUCGGUGGUCAACUCUUGACUGUGCUCUUUGACAAGCUCUUCAAUAUAGUUGUUGUCCACCUCGAGUCCUAUGAUAUUGGUCAAUGACACAAUCUCGUUAACUGUAGACUCCACGGGUACUGUUUCGAAAACAACACUCUCUGGACAAAGUUUUUUCCAAGCAGAAGUGAGGGAAAAAGGGACUUCCCCUUUCUGCUUAACUCGUUAUGCGAAAUGUCGCUCGUAAAGGGAGCAACUUCUUCACAUUUUUUUUUGCUCGUUAUGUGAAUUACUCGUUAUGAGAGGUGCUCGUUAUGAGAGGUUCCACUGUAUAUUUUAUCAACAAGUAAACUUUCAUUAAUCACUUUUAUUUUAAUUUUUAUACAACUGGUAUAGAACCAAAACUAAGACCAUCGGUGAACGUUCCUUCUACUUCCAUGGGCCCACGUUCUGGAACCAGCUCCCCUUCCAUAACCAUCAUUAUGAAACCUCGUCCACUUUUAAAAAGUCCCUUAAAACCCAUCUGUUUAGGUUCGCCUAUGACCUGUGAUGCACCCUCCUUGCCCUGCCUCAUUUUCUGUCUCGGGUUGAUCCUGUAGUAUAGGCCAAAACGUGCCAAAGUGUCCUCGUCUUAUAGCCAUUUUAAUUGUUUCUAUAGUAUAGUAGUUACUAUCCUAGUGUCUCAUUUUUUAUUUUACUUAGUUUAUAUGUUUUUAAUAAUUGUAAAGCACUUAGAGCUUAAAGGUAAGCGCUAUAUAAAAAAUGCCUAAAUAAAUAAAUAAAUUUAUGUAUUGACCAUUGUUUUUUCUGAUCAAUGUUUCUAAUCUUUUAAUUUGGUACACUCUUCUUCUAUUUAACAAAUUAUUUCUGAUGCAUACUUUAUAUUGGUAUAAAUCAACAUAACUUGUAUUGAAAUAAUUAUAUUUUCUAACUUUACAAAUGUUCACCUAUUGUUGAUAUAGUUUUUUUUAAAUAUAAUAUAUUUGUUCAUUGAACAGCAUUCCUUUUUGUUUCUAAAUGCUCAAGAUUUCUACAUAAAAAUCAUUUUAAUUUAAUGUUUCUUUUAUCUGUUUCUGUAAAAUAUUAAAAUCUGAAACAUGAGAGAAACUGUUCAGAUCAAACAAAAACUGAUGGUGUGUAAAUAGCAUAUGAAAUUCAUGGUGCGUGUGUUGAAAUUAACCUAUUUAUAGCAUAAAGUGGAAAUAUUAAUAGAAAGGAAAAUAGUUUUAAAAAUUAUUACAUUGAAACUCAUCUGUGGAGUGCUUAUGUAGUCUAAGGACUGAGCUGGUCCAUUAGAGUAAAACAUUUUACUACUUACUUACUUAUGCCUUUUACCCCACCUGGGGCACAGGCCUGGGGCAUAGACUGUCUACAAGAAUUUUCCAUUCAUCUUGAUCAGGGGCUUUCCUUUCCAGUGGCCAUUUUAUGUUCACACUCUUUCUAAGGCAAUUUUUUGGGAAGGUCUGUUUACUGCAUGAUGCUUGUAGUUCUCCAAGUUUUGGGUCCAUAGAGUAGGAGUGUUUUGACAUUUGAUUUGAAAAUUCUUACUUUAGUUUGCAGAGUCAGCUCCUUUGAUUCCCAUAUUUUCUUUAACAGCACAAAUGCUGAUGUAGCCUUUCCAAUUCUAAUCCUGACAUCAGCUUCUGAUCCACCAUUUAUGUCAAUAAUGCUGCCCAAGUAGGCAAAGGCCUUCACAUCAUCCAGUGCAUUUCCUGCCAAAGAGAUUAUACUCUUGGUUAGUGGCGUUUACCUUCAUGAUCUUUGUUUUGCUUCUAUUUAUGUUGAGUCCAAGCUGUGCUGAAAUGGUUGCUGCAUCUUUUGUCUUCUGCUGCAUUUGUUUCUAGUUGUGGGACAGAAGUGCAAUGUCAUCUGCAAAGUCUAGGUCAUUCAGUUGUACCCAGUAUCAUGUUUCUCGUUUUGUCUGUAGAUUCUUUCAUUUACCACUCAAUGGCAAGGAUGAAUAGGAAGGGGGACAAGAGACUCCUUUAUACACUUCAAAGGCAUCUGUCAGUCUCCCUUCAUGUACCACCCUGCAUUUCAUUUCUUUAUAAGAACUCUUAAUAAUUCUGAUCAGUUUAUCUGAUAACCUAUAAUUCCAGAGAAGUUUCCAGAAGGUUUGUCGGUCCAAGUUAUCAAAGGUCUCUUCUUGGGGGACAAAGAGCCCUCUCUUAUCAGGGAUGAAAUUGUUGUUUUUUCUUCUUGUUGACGUUACUGUAGCAAUAGUUUUUUUACAACCAGCCUCAUGCCAACCCUCCUCCUUUUGCAACGGGGCUUGGGACCAGCCAUGGCAAAGUUCAAACAUUUUAAGAAGACUGAAAAGGAACCAUAUAUGGCAACCAUUGGGAUCAAAACUGUACAAAAGGUCGCGCCCACCCCCCUCCCCUCCAUAACUGUACAACAGCAUAAGAAACUAUGCAGAAAAAGAGGAACAAAUGUUUGAUUUAAAACUUUUUUAUUUAAUUAUCAAUGUUUUCAAUGCAUGCAAACUUUUUUGAUAAUAUCUGGAUUAGUUUGAAAACCCAAAUAAGUGUCAUUUAGAUGUGAUUGCAAUGAAAUGUUUAAAUAAGAAAUACCUGCUAUCGUAACUUUAUCCAUUAGAUUAUCUACAUCAUGGGGCUGAGAAAAAAUGGAUUUAGGUUUAGGGAAUUCAGACAAAAUAAUAGUGGUAGAAUUUCCCUUCAUAGUAUCAACGUUUCUUUUGUUAACUGUUUUACAAGUUAAGUGUGCCUGAAGCAAGCUCUUAAAGGUUUUUGUGUGCAAAUUUUGCAAAAUGCAUGCUAUGAUCUGAUGGAUGAGGCAUCAAUAAUUCCAAGGUAUUCGUUCAGACACUUACUUCAAAAUUUCCCCAGAUGCAUGUCUAAUUCCAACUUUAAGAAUAAAAAUUAUGUCCACCUACUUAAUUGGAAUUUUCCAGCUGGAGUAAAUAAUAAAUAAUUAAAAAACAAAACAUGCUAUGGAGUAAAACUAGUACACUAGUAAUAGACAUAAUGAUAAAGACCAUUCAUUGUUAGGGAUAUAUGUUAGGGAUAUUAAAUAUAAAAUAUUUAUUAUGUAAGUGAAAAAAAGAACACUUACUGACACUGCAGUUUUUGAUAAGAUUAUUACUUCUCUAAUGGAUUUCUAAUUAUGAUUUACUACUGAACUCAAUUAAGUUACAGUUGUAUGGAUUCUGGUAACAGCUACUGGUAUAUUACAUAGUAAUAGAUAGAAAAAGAUUCUUAUCAAACUUAAUUGAGAUUAUAUGUUUAGAUAACCUACUGAUCUAAACUUUUACCAAAUGUCAUUUUGAACAGACCAAUAGGAUUCAAUCUUCCUUGUAUUUUUUUCUAACCCCCCCUAGAGAACUGUACAAUAUCCUGUGAAACUAUAAAAAUCAUACAAAGUAUGGGUAGACCGUAAAGGUUGGCAUGUAUGAGAGAGCCAUAAUCAGCUAAUUAGGAAGUGGUCCUUACUUAAAUGAAGAAAAAUUACUGUCCAUCUGUCAUAAAGAAAAAUUUAAGUAGCACUGUUCAAAAAUAUUUUCUGCACGAACAAAAGUUCUUUUAUUUUGCCUUAUUUUUUUUUAAUCAUAAAAAUUAUGUCCUGAAUCCAUGCAUCUGUACUUUUAGAUUUGAACUCUGCAUUAAGUCUUUUAAAAAUAAUUAUUACUUGGACUUAUUUAAUAAUAAUAAUCCCCUAUGAAUUUGUUAUCUAAAUGUAUUGAAAUGUGUGUGGUGCUAUUGACCAUUCAUAUUACAGCAUCCAUUGACAUAACCAAAAAAACGAGGUCUAAACUGGCCACAAGGGAUGAUUAUCAUACUGUAGCAAUGCAGCCUCUCAGAUGGGGCUCAGACACAGCUAUCUCACUUGACAAAGAUGAAAUUGCAAAAUCUUCAUCAGACCAGGACCUGGAAGGUAGAUCCUAUACAAAGAUUGUGUCAUUCAAAUUAUUAUACUUAACAUUUAAAGAUUUUACUAAAUGAAUCCAGCAAAGAAUGCUCAAAAUGAGUUUGAUUCAUUCCACCUCUGACUGUUUUUCAUAAACUGUCUCAAUUUUAAUGUUUACAAUUCCUUUUAAUUUGGAUAAAUAUAUAUAUUAUAUAUAUAUAUAUAUAUAUAUAUAUAUAUAUAUAUAUAUAUAUAGAGAGAGAGAGAGAGAGAGAGGUAAAUAAAAGAUAAAAUAUACAAAUAUAUAUUAAUGAAAUAUAGCUUUUUAAAAUGAGUUUGAUUCAUUCCACCUCUGACUGUUUUUCAUAAACUGUCUCAAUUUUAAUGUUUACAAUUUCUUUUAAUUUGUAUAAAUAUAUAUAUUAUAUAUAUAUAUAUAUAUAUAUAUAUAUAUAUAUAUAUAUAUAUAGAGAGAGAGAGAGAGAGAGAGGUAAUUAAAAGAUAAAAUAUACAAUUAGGUAUUAAUGAAAUAUAGCCUUUUGGUCUACUACAGAUGUGAUGGGCUUAAUCCCAGACAAGAGUGACAAGAAAUAUAUAAAAUAUCUUACAUGAUGUCAAGUCAUUUAAAGCACAAAAAUUAUUUUGUAUGCAUUUUCAAAUGUACAUGUUGUUGUCCAAUUAUUCAGUGUUACUUACACAUUAAUAUUGUCAAACUUAUAUGUAGCCGAGUGGUGACGUAAGCUUCCAUCUCGCUUCCGCACGAUCACAAUGGGUGCUGCAUAGGGGCUAUGGCUUUCUAUGACAACCUUCUUUUCAAUCAGCCCCCGUAUGUGCUCUUGUACUUCUUGCAGUUGGUUUGGUGGGAUUCUGCGAUAUGGUUGAGCGACUGGUUUAUCGUCGGCGGUUCUGAUGCGGUGAAACACAGCGUCUGUAUAGCCGAGGUCAUCUUCAUUAUGUGCGAAAGCUGCGGCUCGUCUAGUGAGGAGUUCUAGCAGCCGUUGGCGCUGAUGUUUGCUGAGAUCACGACACUGAAUGUCCACUGUGGAGGCUCUGGUUGCUCUGAUUGUUCUUUCUUACAUGACACUAUGAGUUCACUAGCCGUCGCCGAGAAGUGAACAUGCUCCUUGGCGUCCCUUAUGUCCACCGUUUCAAGAUGGGCAAGCUGAGUUUUCUUAGGUAGAAAGAUGCCGUCUGACGAAAGGUUGGCUACUCUAAUGAAAGGCGUGUUGGAACAGUCUAUUAAGGUGGGGAUAACUAUGAGGCCAGGGGGAAGGGGUUGCGAACACGGAGACGCCAUCAGUGGGUGUGGCGCCGUAAUGUUGCAAAUUCUAAUGUUGGCUAGGGAUAGGGCUGGGAUAAAGCUACGUUCGGCUGCUCGGGCGGUCUUUGGUACAGCUUUCAGUUCACAAUGUACUUCUCGUACGGUGGACAAGAGGAGUGCCGGCACAUGGGUGACAUUGGGGAGCCAACUUUUCAAUACAUUCAUGCCUAUCAGGAUGGGAACUUCUUGUUUUCGCACUUGGGUGCUCAGGUCAAUCGGUGUCUUGACAACCAGGAUGGGGACGUUCUGUAGAUUAUGUCCUAAAAGUUGCAGGUCAACAGUUAAUAUCCCUAGGUAUGGCACCUCCGCUCCAUUAACGGCUCGUAAGGUAAUGAAGCCGGUUUCCAGAUGGAGGUGGCCAAGAUGUUGGAGUGCCCAGGAUUCUGUGACGGUGCUGACUUCGCUUCCGGUGUCAAUAAGAGCCGCCACCUGGUGUCCAUUUAGGAUGACAUCCAGAGUGGGGCACUUUCCAAUUAGUCCUAUUGGCGCCCCCGUUGCUUGUCGGUUGACAGCAACGGGGUUUAUAAGUUUCCCUGAGUUGCAUGUUGUUGACUGAAGUUAGACGGCUGUGGUCGUGUGGCCUGCUGUGAUCUCUGUGGUUGUUGUGGUUGUUGCCUGUUAGUUUGGGCGAUGUAACUUUGCCCUGCAGUCUGAUUCUGAGUGGCCCCUGCGAUUACACCACAGACAAAGCUUGACUCGGUGGGGGUUUUGUCGCUGGAAUUGGGGUGGUUGCUGCUGUCGAGGGACUGGUGGAGAGUCAAGUAUACCAUUGUAUGUACUGUCCUGCUAUGGGUGCUUCUUACAUAGACACCAUACCUGGAUGGCAUACUAUAAUAACUUCAAGAUCUUUAAAGUUUAUGUUAGCCCUUACACCGCACUCUGGUUCUGUGUGUAGCAUUAACACUGUGCAUGUGUUUCAAAUUAAACACUACACGUGGUUUCUUAAACAUUCGUAAUACAAGAUAAGUAUCUUUGCCAUGUGUAUGAAACAAUACUACGUACGUAUCAUUUAUCAUGCUUUCUAAUUAAGUAUAUGUUGUCGCCACGUGUAAUUACGUGGUUAUGUAACAUGUUUAUUGUUAGCUAUGUUAGUCAGGACAUUGUUGACCUGUACUAUUUGUUUAUUUUCAGAUAUUGUCCUUUUUCUUGUUUUCAUCAUAGUAGAGCAUUAAUAAAGCUACAGUCCUCAAGACCUGAUUGUUUCAUUUUGAUUUUAUUUAAAAACUGUAAGCUACGUCACCACUCGGCUACAUAUAUAGAUAUAAAUAAGUAAAACUGUGACAAUUAUUAUUUAUUACUUAAAAAAACCCACAUAAUUUGAUGAUUGCAAUAUUAGAGCUCAAAGAUUUUUUAAGUAUUCAUGCUUAAUUUUUUUUAUGCUGAAGAAUGAUGACUAAUUUUUGACAACAAUGAGACAUAUUAUUCGAAAUUUAGGGACAAGGCAUAAUCAUACUUAUUCCCAGUAUAAAUCAAAUUAUGUCUGGCUAAAAAUAUGCACAGGAAAAAGUAUAGACAAUGAGCCAGAGCCCAUCCCACUUGGAGGUAGAGGUUUGAAGAAAACAGCAUCAAUCAUGAAUGUGAGUCGGAUGAAUGUAUAUGAAGAUCUAACAGCCAGAGAAAAAAUGUAUGCUUCACUUGUGGAUUAUGAUGAUGGACGUGGGUGUAAACAUUGGUUUUAAUUUAAUUUUGGCAUUUGAUUUACUUAUUUUUGAUAAUCAGACAAGAUUCAAUUCAUUGUAUUGAUGUUACUUUCAAGUAAGAAUAGCUGUGUUUUUGAUAAAUAAGAAAAUACAUUUUUUUUUCAAAUAUUACAAACAUUUAAUGAACAUAAAGUAUAUAUCACAAUAUUAAAAUGAUAUUUGAUUACAUUCCAGUUUAAUUGCAUUAGUUUAUAAGCAUUAAUCUGUGAAGAUGCCAACAAUUUAAGUAACAAUGAAAAUACAGCACAAGAUUCUGUACCUGUACAUAAAUAUUUCAGUUUGAAAAAAUGUUGAUAGGACUUUUUAUUUUUUCGUGUUUAUUUUCAAUGGGCAUUCUGUUUAUAUUUGAAUACUUUGUUUCACUGAUGCAUGUAAUUCUCUUGUAUUUUAUCUUUUACAAUUUUUUUACUUUUCUGUUUUUUAAAACUUUUCUUGUUUACUAACAGGUAUCAAUUCUUCCUUCCAUGGUAUUAUAAUUUAGACAACAUAAUGUAAAUAAAAUUAACCUUGUGCUAUAACAUAUUAUUUUAACUGUUAUAAUAAAAGAACUUGCAUGUUUUUGUUUGAUUGAAAUUUUAUAGCCAGUAAAGAAUUUCAAAACAGUCAAGUAAAAUCUAUUAAAUAAGGAUACAUUUUAAAUGGGAUAUUUAUUUAUUUAAACCAUGCCUUUGAUGUGGAUGUGAAUAAUUUAUCUAACAUAUAUGCCAUAGAGUUCAGAUCCAUUGAUUUAUCUUAAAAGAUCUAAAUUUGAACAAGGCCUGUGGAGGAACAAUAAAUAGUUUUCAGAGUUAUACUUGAAAAGAGACAUGAAAAUUCAUCUUAAUUGAAUUUAGACUGGAACACUUUAAAAAUGUGACUAUAUUAAAAAUGGUAAAUAACUUUUGAAUUUCCAAGUCAGUAUUUUACAUCCUGAAAGUCUAUCUCAUAAUUUUUACUAUGACACAACACCCCUGGUGUUAACAUCCAGUGAGUUGAUAAAAAUACCUUCUAAGACAGGUUUAAUAAAUUAUAGGCUGCUGUAGAGUAUGAUUCUUAAAGUCUUAUCAGAUCAUUAUGUUAAACCCAUGAUGAUCAGUUUUAAAAUUUUUGUUGUCUUUCAUCAACAAUAAUGUUUUCUUGUUGUUGGUCUAGUAGAUGGAAAAUUUACAAUGUUUGAUUUUUUUGUUGUGUGCAUUUGACUCAGGUAGCUCUGAUGUUGAUGCUUGGCCAGAUCACUAUGGUCGUCCUUCAAUUCCUGGAGGGGGUGGAGAUGAUGACGAUGAUGAUGAUGGCGAUGAUAAUGGUGGGGAUGAUGACCAUGGCCCUGGAGAUGAUGCGGGUGGUCAUGAUGAUUCUGAUGCAAAUAAUGACGAGCAAGGCCUUGAGACAGAUGAAAGUGAAAAUGAAACUGAUAUGGUCGUUUUGGAUCCAGAUCAUGUGAGUCUAAUAUUAAAUAAAUAUAAAAAAUUGAUUGGGUACUGUAAAUAAUCUGGAAGGAGAGAUGUAAAUAUUCUUCAAUGAGAUCCGAUUCUUAUGAUUUUUUUAUCCAUGCACACUGAGGGUGGGGGAGGGGGGGGUGUGUGUGUGUGUUGGGGAAAUACUUGUUGCUUUUAGCAAUAAAUGUAAAUAUAAUGUAGAAAUUAAUUUGUUAUAAUUGCCACUUUUCUUUUUGGUUAAGACUGGUCCCUAAGCUCCUAGUUGUGUUGCCACUCGCACCCUCAAAAUCAUGUCAUUGUUAAGACUGGUCCCUAAGCUCUUAGUUGCGUUGCCAAUCCCACCCUCAAAAUCAUGUUAUUUUUUCUCUGGAUCUAGGUAAGUAUUAUAUGCAAAGCUUGGUCUGCCUUGUUCAUGGUUUUGCAUAGCGACCAAGAGCUUGAUGAGAUCAUCUUAUUGUAAGGGGAUUUCAGAAUGGCACUAGUUGCCAGAAAGUUUUUUUAAGCCUGCUUAUUUUACAAGUGUUAGAGAGAUGAGUCAUGUGAUAUCUUUGUGGCUCUACUACUUGCCUGGAAAUGAGUAAAGCAAAGUAUGGGAAAACCUGAAAAAAGGAAUGCAACAAAACAACUAACAUGUCAGCAGGAAGCCUUCGUCAGCAAACAGACAACAAAAAUAAAAAAGAAUUUAAAUAAAAAAUAGCAGGUAGCUGAAAAGUAUUACCCGAGAGGGCAGCAAAAUAAUUGUGGCAGGAUUGCCUGGCCAAACUGGUAUUUGUCAAUCAAAACAUGAUGCAUAUUAUUGGUCCAUCUUGGAAAGGGGCAAUGAGUUUUGAUUCAUUUUUAACAUUAAUUUAUAAUAAUUUUUGGCUUUUGUUUAUUAACCAAUUGUAAUGCAUUUAAUUUUUUUUAUGAUCCCUCAUCAUUUACAGAAGCAUAAAUGUUGGGUUUCUAGUUGAGAGUAACCAUGAUUUCUUUCUACUUAUUGUACUAAAGGCCAUCAGGAAACCCCUACAAGAAGCUUUAAAGCAGAGUGAAAAUUUGCUAGAUUCCAUUAAAUAAGUUAUGUGUCCUCCAACUGUCCAGUCAAAUACCAAGAUAUUAAAUGUGAUAUAGGUUCUAUUAUCAGUAGAAACAAGUAAUUGUAACAUGAAUAAAAACUUUUUAAAAAAUCAAACGAUUCCCAUACUUUAAGAACUUCAUUUUUUUAUGACAAUAUGUGGUUGUGAGCAUGAGGUUUUGUUGUAAAAUUUAAAAAAAAAUUUCACAUUGAUUGUAAAAGAUAAGAAAACCUCUAUCGUGCAUGAGACACUUUUUAGACACACACAUACUUAGAAUAUCCUUUCAUGUCAAACCCUCAUAAAGCUCACAGAUGUCUAAGAUAUUUUACACACUAAUUUAAAAAAAAAAAAUAAAGUAAUAUAAAAUCAUAAAAAAAUUUAUUACCAUUUUAUAUUCUCAAGACGAAAGCAAACUUAGCAGAUUUACAUGUUUAGCUUUGGAAGUUGAGUGAAACGGUUACUUCUUUAAAAAAAAAUUGGCUUAUGGCAUCUCUUACACAUUCACUUAGAUAAUGUUCUGAGCAUAUUUUCAUGACUUAACUCUAAAAUUUAAAAAAGCUCAUCUUAUUAGUUCUAAAAGAAGUACUAAAUUCUGUAGGCAGUGUUCCACAUAGGAUGCUUAUGAGCAAUUUAAUUCUGUGACAUGUAAGCAACUUCUUGACAUACAGAAAAAGAAUCAAAACUUACAGUAAAAAAAAAAAAGUGUGAUCACCACAUUCUUUCUGUCAGUGUGGUGUUUUUAAUAUUUACAAUAAAACAAGAGCUAGCCAACAUGGAAAGGGAUACACCUCCUGCUUGACCUUCAACCACAUUUCACAGAACAGAUCAAUGAUGAAGUCAGGUUUUGUAUGACAUAUUUUUUCCCUGGGUAUACUUAUUCUCCAUCAAGAAAACAAUGCUUAUUUUCAGCCUCUGAUGAAAAGAUUUCAAGCAGCACUGAAAUCUCAUCUGACAAAACAGAAUGACAAAAUGACAUUGGAGCUGAGAGAACUGGUAAGUUGUUUUUUCAUAAUAUGGCUGGUAUCAAUUAUAAAAUCAGUUUCAGCAGGUCAUUUUAUUUUUAAAAAGUCUGCUAUGAAUUAUUGGGUGCAAAAAUAUCUGUUUUAAACACCAGCAGCAGAUACCCACUGAUGAAAUAUAUUUUAUAAAUUGAAAUCUGAAAAAAAAAAUUGUAAUAAACUUUUUUUUAAAUCUGUAUUUUUCUAGUCAUGUAAUUCUUUUGUUCCAUUUUGUCCAGAAUGAAAAUGUUCGCGUCAAGAAGAAGGAACGAGAGGAUCUGGGUGUCGAGUUAUAUGGAGUUCAACAAGAACUGGCAAGAUAUCAGGUAGUUUAAGUUGCCAUUUAGAAUAAUUUAUUUUUUUAUUAUUUUCUUGGUGUCAGAGUGCUUGCUAUAUUUCCCCUUUCUUGCUUGGGGAUAUGUGGAGUUGACAUUGACUCUAAAGUCAUUAAUUGUAAAAUAGUUUAAUUUUCUAACAUAACAUUUGAAUAAUACAAAGAUUCUUUGACUAAAAAUGACUUAAAAAGUUUCACAACCUAGAUGUACCAAGGGAUCAGAAUCAAAACAAUAUUAUCAUGAUCUUUUAGAAAUUAACUACAUGCAGAUUUAUCCUGAAAAAUUUGGCAGUGUAAGUUCUGGACCACUGUUGAAACUGUAAAUAGCAGGAAUAUUGUGACUUACAUAGAAGGCACAGAGAAUAUGAUAAAUAACAGGAAUGUUUUAAGUUACAUAGAUUUGAGUUCUGGUCACUUUUCUAAACUUUUCUUUAUCUCGACCUUGGUUAACUUGCCAACCCUGUUAUCUCGACGUUUUUGAGUGGAACCACCAAAUUCUCUCUUUGUCUUAGCAUUUUCUCAUCGAUUAUGUCGAUUCUUUUAUGUUAUCGAACCCUGAUAUCUUGAGCACAAUAGGAAGCCAAAUUUGCCACUUCUUUUAUCUUGAUCCCCAUGACCAAUUGCCGGUUUUUGAAAAUUAUAUGCAACAGAAACGUGCCUACUUCAAACUAGUAAUUUAAAUGAAAUGACAAUAUCAUUGUCUGCGCAAUUAACUUGACACAGCAAGAAGCGACAGGCUUGCAGAUAAAAGAGAGAGAUCGUGUUACCUGUUCUAUUUAAAGAAAACCCGCUUGUCGCAGAAUAGGCUUUCACGCAUUCUUACACAUUGAUUUUUAAAUUUAAAAAAACAGAAUCCAUAUUUGAAUAAACUGAACUGUUGAAUGCGGAGUGAGAGAAAAUAAAAACUCACAAAUCUGGUGCUGAAAAAUAUUUAGCCUCACGAAUCUAGAAUUCUGGGAUAAUCCGAAAAGUGGCACCCAACAUAUGCCUUGUGUUUUUAGCAAACAUAUAUGUACAUUAUUAUAGCAUGCCAAUGGCUUCAUCAACCAAAUUGCAGUAACGCUGUUGUGUAAAAAAACAACUCCAAAAACACUGCAUCUACAUUCUCAUUUAUAAACGCACAUCAUGUACAUAAAGAAAUUUCAAGCACAUGUUAAUAUAUUGCUGCCAUAUUGGUUUUCGUUUAUCUCGAUCAUCGUUUAUCUCGAUCAUCGAUUAUCUCAAGGCUUUUUGGCAAACCCCAAGACAGGCGACAUAACUGGGUUCAACUGUACCUUGCACUCAGAAAAGCCCCUCAAAACAGAUCCACCUUUACAUCAUUGUUGUCAAGCAUGACCUGCCUUGUCAUGGAUUUAAAACUUAAGUUUAAAUGUUAUUUCAAAGUUAUUUCAGGUUUAAAAAUAGUUAAGGGAGCUGGUGUAAAAAAUCUAUACAUAAAGAAAAAUGUUAUUAUAUUCUCUUGUAUUAUUUCCUUGUGAGCAGAUGAUUCUUGAGCAGCAGCACGAUAAAGUUGCAACACUGAAGCAAGAGAGACAGAAAGAGGAGCAGGAGCUUACUGAUAUCAGAGGGCUGUAUAAAGAAUCUCAGUUGAUCGUUAACAAGGAAAGAAAGAAAGGUUUGUGAAGAUGCUCAUAACCAUCUUGAUCUAUUCAGAGUCAGAUUAAAUUUUGGUUCCGGACUCCCUCUCCCACUUUUUCCCCCCCAAAGAGUACAUGCAUGUCAGUUUUUUCACAGUUCCUUAUAUGAAAAUGAUUAAAAAAUCAAUUGCUUUUGAAUGCUCAAAAAUUGUCUAAAGCUAUAAACAAUUCCUCCAGUUUGAAGAUUUAAAAAUAUUUUUGUACACCAUAGGCACAGAGUUACAGAAUGAAGUAGAAAACUUAGCCCUGAGGCUAUUUUACAUGCAAAAUGCCAAGGACAAUGUCAGGUCUGACAUAUCAGUGAUGCGUCGUGCAGCAGAGAAGGUUGAGACUGAAGUGGCCAAGGCUGAGAUGCAGAAACAGAAACAGGUGAGUAAUGUGACAGUAAAUCUUAUAAGUUGAGAUAGUAACUUGUUUUGGGAAACCUGAUCUUCACAAUCAUCUUAUCACGAAGAAGUCUAUGCACUUAUAUUUUCAGUUCAUUUCAUGCUAAUCAGUCCCAUCUAUUUUCAGGAUCUGUAUGUGGACAGAUUGGUGGAAAAAGUGGACAGGCUUAAAGAAGAGAUUGCUAUGUAUGAGGCUCAGAUUAGUGCCCAGACAGAGGAGACUAAAGCUGCUAAGGAGAGCUUGAUUGAAGCUCACAUGGAGAUAGAGGUCAGGAGAUUCUCACAUAUCAAUUUUUAUUUUAUAUACCUGAAAUGAAAUAACAGCCUAACAAUUUUGUAAAGAAAAACAUUUUAGUUUACAAAUUUGAGCUAAGACAAUAUUUAUGAGUUCUGUCCAAUCAGUUUCAUUCAGCUAUAAGGAAUGCUGCAUUAGAUAGGAUAGAAAAAGAGACAGAAAGACCAAGUAUAUUAUCAGGACAUUUGAUUUAUUGAAAUUUACUUUUAUUGUAAAAAUAUAUCAUCUUUGCAAAAAUCUAGGCCCAUACUUUUAUUCUGGAAAUGCUGUGUUUCUAAAAUAACAUUUUGAUCAAUUUUAUCAACUAGUCUAUUGAUAUGGAGAAAAAAGACCUUUACCAAAAGUGGAACAGUUCUUUGAUUGGAAUGCGCCGUAGGGAUGAGGCAUAUGCAGCUAUGCAAGAUGCAAUGGUGUAAGUGGUGAUCUUUUAGGGAGAUAAGAUGCUUUUAACCUUAUCAUUGGUUAACAAGCGCAGUAACACUACAUAGCUUCUUGUAAUUAAAACCUAAGUUCCAUGUAAGUCAGUGCCUAAAAACAAAAGAAAUAAUUACGUCAAUUAAUCCAUUGGUAGUCAACAUUAUAAUGUGUAGAAUCCCACAAAAGAAUUAUUAAAUUUUUUAGAGAACCCCCCCCUUUUUUUUUUUCUCCAUCUUACCAUGAAAAUAAAGCAAAUGGUUAAAUACUUAUAGUGACCAAAAUUUUAUGAUCCCAAAGUGUUUAAGCUUAUCAAUGUCCAUUAGCCUAUUAAAAUUAGCAAUUUGAAGCUGGAUAAAUGGUUCAACUAAUUCAAGCAGAGAUCAAUGGGCAAAGUUUUAUUGAUCCAUACCCUAGGUGAUGGGGGGGGGGGAUUAAAAUAUUAGAUUUUCUAUUGCAUAUUGAGUGAUUGUGUAUGAAUUUGCCCAGGCAACAAGAGCAAUACAUCUUAACUUUGCAAACUGAAAUGGAAGGCUACAAGAAGUCUAUACAAAAGGAGCAGGAGCAGAAUGAGAAACUCACCCACAUUUUAAAUAAGACUGACAGAGAAAUAGAAGGGGCUAAAAAACACAUGGCUCAAGUGAGUGUUUGACCUUAUUUAUUUUUUUACUCAGAUAAUCUCCAGUGAGUUUUUUCUGUUUGUUGCAAACUGGUGACUUGAGAUAUUUUGAGGAAUCCUGGAACACUUUUGAUAGUUUAGUGUUUAUUUUAAAUAUUUGUUUUUCAAAUUUAAAUUCUGAAUUAAACCUGACAGAAGUUGUUAACUUGAAAACUGUAAAAAGUCAUGCUGCUGUUGUUUUUCUAAAACAGGUUCAAAGUAAACAUGACAGCCUUGUGAAUGAAUUCUCCACAUUUACACGCAUGCUACAGGAGACGGAGGCGGCCCUUGCUAGAGCUAUUGCUGUAAGUCAAUGGUAACAUUGUUUGUGUUUGUAGUAUAAAGUAUUUCCUACCAAUACACGUAACUUUCUAUUUUCACCAAUCCAUGAAUUGUUCAUCCCCCUUAAAGUUACAGGAAAGGGACUUCAGUCAAAGAUCUUAAUAAGUUGUUUUUCAAUAGCCAUGUCUCAAAACCAAAGCCGCAAUGUGUUACAUUUAAAAAACAAUAACAACAGAACUUAUUGAAAUAUUAAUUAUAUUGUAUUAGAAAAUAUUUUUAGCUCAUAAAAAUGUUUUAAAUUUGAACUUCUCUUUGGAAUUUCAAUUCUGAGAUUGUGACCAGGAUCAUACAAAAUAUAGAUUUGUCCUCCCUCUCUCUCUCUCUCUCUCUCUCUCAUUGUCUUGCAUGCAUUCUCUAACUAGGACAAAAACCUGAGGACUGCAGAGCUUGCAUCCCUGAGAAAACAGAUAGAGCAAGAAUACCAAGCCAAGGUGAAGCUAGAGGAUGAUAUUCUAGAGAGGAUGCGAGCCCAGCUAACACUAGACAAGGCCACCUACUACAGCAAAAAUCUUAUCAGAAAAACCAGGGAUGCCACCAAGAAACUGGUCAGUAACACAAAUUGUAUUAAAUAAGACUGACAGUCUCUAAGACAUAAAGCUAUUUAUGGUGAAGAAUUUGGUAAAUGAUAUUUUAUCAAGAGAUAAAGAGAAAAUGGCAGUAUUUCAUAUUUAUUUUUUUUCUUAUUGUAUUUGUGCUCAUUUAUAAAAGUAGUGACAUGUUUUUCAAAACGAACUUUCUCAAAUGUGAAACUGCUGUCUUUACAAUGAUGAAUUUAAAAUUAAACGUGUUUGCUCACUCUUGAUUGAUAAAUAUGCUUCCAAAUUUUAAAUAGGAAACAGAAACAGCAGACGUGGAGAAUGCCAUUGCACAGGCCACCUUAGAAUUAGUGAAUGUUAAAAGCCGCACGGAACGUCUGAAAAAAAUACUGGAAGGUUUGGAGGCUCAAAUAGCUGAACAGAACGCCAUCAUUAACAAGAGUGAGCAAGAGAUUGUCAAGAGGAAUGCUGUCAUUGAGCGGAAGCAGAGCCAAGUGGACACAAUGAACAAAAAACUCACUCAACUGAUUGCAGCUGCUGGGGUAAGAUUUGGCUCCACUGCAGGGGGUUAUUUAAAGACCUUUCUCAGUAAAAUAGAGCCAAGUUAUAAAUCUUUGUUUUACUGGACUAGGUUCCUGUUUCUCAAACAAGAUAUUUUUGUGGAGUGACUGCAAAGUGUAUUGGAAUUAAUUGUAACAAUUGUUCACACUGUUUGUACACUUUAUAAACAUCCAUGUCUAUGCUCUCAAGGCUAUCUGUAGACCAAUUCUCAAAACAUAUCUAUGAGGACUUAUCCAGAAGUUAAAGUUAUUUAAAGUAAAAAAGUUUUAUUUAUCUAUCUGUUGUGCUAUUGGGAUGAACAUUUUCUUUAUUACUUUUGUCCUCUUUGUGACUUGGGAGUAUCUUUUUGUUUUCUUUUACAGGGCGUUGAGUUAGGUCCACUGGAAAUCCAGGUCAACUCCUUGAACAAAUCCAUUGACCUGCGCCACCAGGAGGUCCUGGAUUUACAGCAGCUGUGGCUGAGACAGCAAAAUGAGUUAGUGACACUUUGUGAGACCAAGGACAUGGAGAUGAAAGACUUGGUUGCUGCCAGGAGACAGUUGACGAUCCUGUCUCAGAAGAAAUUGAGAACUGAAAGUAAAUUAAAAAAAAAAAAAACAGUUCUAUCAAUAUCAUUUAGCUGCACAGUUUUAUUGCAUUUUCUGAAUCAAUUUAAUAAGAAGAGUGACUUUUUUCAUAAUGUUGAUGCUGCUGUGCCAUUAUAACGCUGUUUACAAUUUUAUAAAUAAAAUAGGCCAUGCUGAUACUCAAUCCCUCUACUUUUAUUUUACAUCCUUUGCCUAAAAACUUCAAUGAAUAUGUUCUCAUCAUGACAUCAACUGCAUGUCAUAAAAACAAGACAGAUUUCUGCUAAUCAUUUUAUAAUAAGAGUACAAAUGUGCGUGUAAACAAUCAAAUUUAUUACAUUUCAUUCCAUGUACAUCAUCUGCAGCUUACCAGGACCACGUAACAGUUGAACAUUUAAUUGUAGCAUAUUUUUUGUGAAAUGUUGUUCUACAUAUUGCACAUGUCUUGCAAAAUUAAAUCAAAGGCAAGACCUUAAGUCUGUCACAUUCUUUGCCCAUUGUUUAAAUAAUUAGGAGAAAGCUAUUCAUAAACCAUUUCAGGAUUUCAUGCCUACUGAUCUUCAGAUACAAAGUUAAAGCAAGUCUAAUUGAUUAUAUUUUAAAAGACAUAUUUUAAAUUCCUCACCAGAUGAAAUUGAACAGCAGCAACAUGCAAUGUGUGAGAUUGAGCGCAAUGUCCGCAACAUGAGAAAUGACAUCAUCAAACUGAACAGCCUUCUGCACAAAGAGAAGUGUGUAGGGGAGGAGUUGGAGCAGGGGAAUAUUCUCAUGGAGAACGCAUUUGUGGCAGGGCUGCAGGUCGGUGUUUUCCUGAUGGUUUUUAAGGUUUUAGGGGCUGGCGGGGCCACGGGUUUGUGCUGUGCAGAUAGUUGUUAAAUUUUAUUUUGGUUUAUUUCUUGACAUUUCAAAUGAAAUAAAUAAGUUUCAUUAUAUGACUAUUUUUUUGCCUAAAGAUACAUGAUUUGAAUUAGUGUAGUUUUAUUUCUGAAAGAAUUUGCACUCCUGACUGUUGUGUUGUUUCACUCUUCUCAACUUAAGGGAGCUGAGUUGGAGUCAAUACAGUUCCAAGCCAGACUGGAUGGAAUCAAAGAUGAGAAAGAAAGGCUCCUGAACAGUCUUGUAGAAGCAGAGUUAGUCCAUGUUUUUUUUUUUUACAUUUUACAAACACAUAAUAGUUUAUCCACAUCACAUUGUAGAAUUGUAGUAAUUCCAGUUAAGUUAAAAGUAGUGUUUUAAUCUCCAUCACAAUUUUAGUCAAACUUACAGACUACAAUGUUGUGUUUUCUUUGUUACCUUCGCUGCCAUGUCUGCUUCCAUUUGCCAGCCAAAGUGAUAAGCAAAUACAAAUAUGCUUGUGUUUGUUAUUCAGUGUUGUCCAAUGUUGUGAUACAGAACACUGAUGUUUCAAAGCUCAGUGAAUAGUGUGCACUCAGUAUUAAUACCAGUCAAAUGUUGUGCUGCACCACACUGACCUGACUAAGCCUAAUGAAAAGGGUGCCAUCAAAAUUAAUACAAUGAUACACCUCUUAUUGGAACAACAUCCAGUUUCUCAUCUUUUUUGAAUACUGCGACCUAAUAAAUUAAAGGCUGGCAUGUUCAAAUAUAAGUUAUCAUAAUGGCUGGCCAGUGCAUGCUGUUAGCAGCAGACAUGGAAUUGCAUUUUAUUUUAUAAAGUGGGAAAUCUUUUUAAAAAAUAUAGAGGGCGAUAGGGGUGGAUUGAGGGAUUGAGAGGGCCUGGGCGAUUUUCCAUUAGGAUUAACUGGCCUUCUCCAAGGAAAGGACUUAUUGACCAUUUAUGGGAAUCAGGCUUAAAUAAUUGUAAAGGUGUAUUUAAAUAAACAAUAUUGAAUUUAUUUCAUGUAAUAGUAAUUUCUAUAAACAUAAAAAUUAUAUACAAAAUCUAGACAUACUUCACAAAUUCUAGUUGCUGAGAAAUGUGUCAGUUUAAUGUGAGUUUCCAUCAAGUUCAUCUGAUUUCCUCAGACCGGGUCAUGCCAUGCUUUCUGCUAUCUUGUCGUUUCCUGUAAAUCUGUUGCAAAAAAUACUCAACACUUUAUUAAAAACCUGAUCAUUAACAUGGGCAUGAAAUGUUUGAUUAUUGAAUCAAGUAAUAGUUCAUCUAGCAAUUUCUCCAUCAAGCACAUUUUGUUUUCUACAAUGUUCAUUUUCAGCUUCCAAAUCCUCUAUAUCUAACUGGACAUUUGCUCAUUGCAUGAAAUUCGUUUAAACAUUUCAGAGUUAUUUGUUAUUCAAUUUCUCAAAUGUCUUUUCAGUCAAACCAAGUCCUUUUGUUUGAACAUAUUUUGAAAGAGAACUUGCUUGUUGAAAAUUUUUCAAAAAAUACACUAGUUAUUUAAAAAAAAAAAAAAAAAAAAUUUCUUGAAAGUGUAGGCUUUGCAUAGUUGUCCAUAUUUGAAAAUGUAUCUGAGCUCACCCGUCUGCUUGCAGCAAUAGUUGUGACCCCUGCAUUCAAAGUUGGGGGGGUUAAUUUUUUUUCAAACAUAACAACUUUGACCCCUUAAAUAUCUGAGGCCUCUGUAGCCGCAGGGUUUGCAGGGGCCAUGGGAUGGAUCUGAUUCUUAUCUUAGUGCAAGGAGGGCGUAAUUAUUAUGAGAUCAAAAAUGAAUUUAUGUUAGAGAGAAAAGAGAGUAUAUAUAUGCUUAAUUUUUUAAAAUAACCAAAAAUAUUUGUAAGAACUUGCUUGUCUUUUGUUCAAAAGCUUUUUUUUUAACUUUUACUCAAUAAAAUAUUUUAUUGAGGUUGACUAUUAUAAUUCCUUGUCACUUGUCAUUAUUCAGGAGACAAAUUAUGUUAUGGGAGAAGAAGACACAGCUUGCCCGUGAAACUCGGGCUGCAGUGGAUUCAGAGAUUGGUCAAGGAGAGAUGCGAGCCAUGAGAUCUGAGAUUCAUCGCAUGCAAGUGAGGUACUCUCAGCUCAUGAAACAGCAAGAAAAAAUGAUUCAGGACAUGGAGAAAGCGGUCUCCAGGUUGGUAAAUGACAUAAUUGUUACACAUAAUGAAUUUAACAAAAGAUUAAGCUUUAAUAAAUUUAUCAAUAUUUUUUUCUCAGGGAUACAUAUAUGUAUCAUUUGUGUAAUGAAAUCAUGUCGGUCAUUAAAAAUUAGCACUCAAUAUUUAGGCGUGACACAAUUCUGACAAGAGGAGAUGCCCAGUCCAAAAUGAAGAAGAAAGUUGUGACAAAGGGAAUAUUUGAGAGGCAGAUGGGUGAGAUCAGGAAGAAGAUCAAACAAACUAUCCAGGUGAGUCUCACUGUACAUCACCUCACACAUCAUCAAAAAAACAAUCCAGGUGAGUCUCACUGUCCAUUGCCUCACACAUCAUCAAACAAACUAUCCAGGUGAAUCUCGCUGUACAUCACCUCACACAUCAUCAAACAAACUAUCCAGGUGAGUCUCACUGUACAUCACCUCACACAUCAUUAAACAAACUAUCCAGGUGAGUCUCACUGUACAUCGCCUCACACAUCAUCAAACAAACUAUCCAGGUGAAUCUCGCUGUACAUCACCUCACACAUCAUCAAACAAACUAUCCAGGUGAGUCUCACUGUACAUCACCUCACACAUCAUUAAACAAACUAUCCAGGUGAGUCUCACUGUACAUCACCUCACACAUCAUCAAGCAAACUAUCCGGGUGAGUCUCACUGUACAUCGCUUCACACAUCAUCAAACAAACUAUCCAGGUGAAUCUCACUGUACAUCACCUCACACAUCAUCAAACAAACUAUCCAGGUGAGUCUCACUGUACAUCACCUCACACAUCAUCAAACAAACUAUCCAGGUGAGUCUCACUGUACAUCGCCUCACACAUCAUCAAGCAAACUAUCCAGGUGAGUCUCACUGUACAUCGCUUCACACAUCAUCAAACAAACUAUCCAGGUGAGUCUCACUGUACAUUACCUCACACAUCAUCAAAAAAACUAUCCAGGUGAAUCUCACUGUACAUUGCCACAUAAAUCAUCAAACAAACUAUACAGUUGAGUCUCACUUAACAUCGCCUCACAGAUCUUCAUUAUAUGUUUGCUGACACAGCAUAUUUGUAGGUAUAUCGGACAGGUAAAAAUGUAUUAUGGCAUUGUUUAAUAAGCGUUUUUAUUAAGACACACCCACUAAAAAAUCAAGAAAACACCAUGUACCUAGCCAAACCAUUCAAAUCAGUCAUAUACAGCAUUGGUAGUUCAUGAUCUCAAAGGAACAGUAUUCAAAAAAUUUAACCAAAAUAAAAAAUUACCUUGUGCUUUGUAAAUAAUAUUUUGUUAAAAGUUUUUAAAAGAUCAACUUCAGCCUAGGUGGGCAUCAACAAAUUUGGCUAAUAUCAUUUUUAGAUCAAACUAAUACUUGUGACACUUUACUAACAUAAUAUUCUGCAUAUCAUUUCAAGAGUAAAACACUGCAUUUUCUUGAACCAAUCAAACUUUUGCGGGGAUACUUAUCAUAAACCAAAUGAACAUUUUUCACUACACAUUUCUCUACAUUGAAAGGCGCCUCACACAAUUUGUUCUCCCUCACUAUCUAUAGUCCCCAGACAUUCUAUAAAAGUGUUCUCAAAUUCGCAUAAUGGCCUCCAUUUUAAUCAUUCUUUUCUUGCAAUAUUUCUUUCAAAAAGAAUCUCUCAUACAGCCCCAGGUCCAAGCUGUCCACCCUUGUCAUAUUCCAUAUUAAUUUCAGACUUGAUCUUGAAAUCAAAGUUUAGUGUCAUGGCUUGGACUAUUUUCUCUCUUUAUGAUGAGGAUACAUAAUGUAGAUUAAAUAAUUUUUAAUAAAAAACAACCUUUAAGCCUCAAGUGUAGAAAGAAAACUUGUACAGAAAAUUUAUCGCUGCAGUUGAACCGGGUUAUUUUGCCGGCCUAGGGGUUUACCAAAAAGUUUCCAGAUAACCCAUUAUUGAGAUAAACAAAAACCAAUAUGGCGGCAAUAUAUUAACAUGUGCUUGAAAUUUCUUUAUGUACAUGUUGUGCGUUUAUAAAUGUGAAUGUACAUGCACAUGUUUUUGGAGUUUUAAAAUUUUUUUUUACACAACAGCUUUGCCGCGAUUUGUUUGAUGAAGCGAUUGUAAGUAGUUAUUAAAAACAGAAUUCCAACACAGGAAUCAAUCAAAAUGAUUAUUUUAUUCAAAGGUCAGGGCUAGAUCAUGUAAUACAUGAAGAAGGUCAGGAAAAUACCAAAUUUUGCUUGAAAUUACAUACCUGCACCUCCCCUUAACACCCAAUAUAAGGAUUCUUUUGCUCCUAUAUUUUGAGAAAUAAAUAAUUAUUUUUAAUUAUGCAAAACUUUUUUUAUUUGUUGUUUGCUAUUUCUUCCUUUGGAGUUCAAAAGUUGGCGAUUGAUCAUGGGGGUCGAGAUAACUGAUGUUAAGUGACAGAUUUGGCCCUCUUUUGUGCUCGAGAUAUAAGGUUUCGGCGACAUUAAAGAAUCGAAAUAACAGAUGAGAAAAUGCUAAGACAAAGAGAAAAUUUGGCGGUUCCACUUCAAAAAAGUCGACUUAAUAGGGUUGGUGAGCUAACUGAGGUCGAGAUAAGUGGGUUGGACUGUAUUUAACAUCCAAUGCAUGCAUGAAUUUGGUUCUGUUAUUUCUCACAGAUGGCUUUUAAAGCAAAAAUUACUUGUCAUUUUUAUUAGGAAGCAAACGCUUGUGAUGGUGAGAUCCAAGAGCUAAGAGACCACCAGCAGGUGAUGAGCGAGCAGCUUGAACAGAAACAGAUCAACUGCCAGCAACUGCAGGGGGCCUCGGACUCAUUGGACGGUGAUAUUGAUAGGACAAUGGAAAUAAAACAAAGAGUAAGUCUAAAAAAAUAGUCCUACAAGUAUGCUAAUGAGGAGGUCUGUAGAAAGUUCUGUUCACAGUAAACAAAAAUGGUCUUCCCAUCAAUAUAAUAAUUAUAACAAAAUAGUCAAGAGUUUGAAUUUUUUAUGCUACAAUUAUGGGAUUAAUCAAUAUUUUAUUUUUUCAAUAUUUUAUAUUGAACUUGAUAAAUUUUCGUUUUAAGAGAACAUUGCUGUAGCUAACUGCACAAAGAAACACUGUGAGAUCUGAAAAUAUAUUUUUUUAUGUGUCCUGUAACAAACUCAGAUUUAUAGUAAAAAAAUGUGCAGGUUAUUUUGAUUGAAAUUUUGUUGGAAAAAAAGUAUAAUAGUUUGAUUACAUUAUUGCUUGCAGAAUUUAACUGAACUGCUGGCACGCCAACAAAAGAUGAAGUAUUACCAGCAAGUCAAAGAGGGCAAGUACAUCAUGAUGUGUCGAACACCAUCUUCCUUAGAGCUGGAAUCACGUAAGCAAGAGGAUCGUGUCCAAGCUCUCUCAGCCAUCGUGGACAGGCUCAAUUCUGAAUUUCCUUUUGCGCAGCCAUCUUUAAGAAAGGUGUAUGUGGCCCUAGCAUCGCGGACUGCAACAGAUGACUCUUAGUUUUAGUUGAUUUCAAGUACUUCUAUAAGACAAUUCCAAUAAUUAUAUUUUUAAUUAAAUUCACUGUUUCAUGAUUUACGCAUAGUUUAAAUAGACAUUUCUUUAAUUAAGUAAUACUAACUGGAUGUUGUGUUCAAGCAUAAAUAAUUUAGUACUCAAGUACAAAAGCUUCUGAACUAUGAGAUAACUUAUAUAAAGGCUCUAAAAUGAAUAUUUAGUUUUGAAGUCACAAUAAUUAUAAUAUUAAUGUUGCUCUCUGCCAGACUAUAAUUGAUUUUGUUAUUUGCACGUUACCAUAGUAAUUGUUUUUAGUAAAUGCUAUUUUCAUUCAACAUUUGAAUUUCAAACAAAUUUACUCCAUGUUGACGUCUUCAUAAUUCUUGUUACUUUAAAGCUAAUACUUAACUUAAUUUUUUCAACAUGUGUAGGUUGAGUCCAGUAUCUUUUGCUCUAAUCUUUUUUUUGUUGAAAACAUGUUCUCACCAAAUGUAAAUAAAAAAUAUAAUUUAAAAAAAAAAAAAAUAAAGCCUUCAGCAAUGACCUACAUAUUUGAAAUCAGUUCGUACUCUCCCUGUCAAAUGUGCUACCAAUAUCUUGCUCUGAUUUAUUAACUUAAUUUUUUCAAAAUGUGUAGGUUGAGUCCAGUAUCUUUUGCUUUAAUCUUUUUUUUGUUGAAAAAAUGUUCUCACCAAAAGUAAAUAAAAAAUAUAAUUUAAAAAAAAAAAAAAAAUAAAGCCUUCAGCAAUGACCUACAUAUUUGAAAUCAGUUCGUACUCUCCCUGUCAAAUGUGCUACCAAUAUCUUGCUCUGAUUUACAAUCACUGCAAUAUUAACACAUCGCUAUUAAAGAUCUGAAUCUGAUCUAGCUAAACUGAAUGAACUCCCUGAAUAAGACUGUUUUUAGAAAACUAAAAAUGUGGGCUACAAGCACUUGGCAUUGCUUGAAAUUUGUUCAGCUUAUAUUUGCAGUUUUUCUUUUGCAAAUCUAAUAAAAUAAGUUUUGGAUGAUUU